AUAUCUCUUUUUCGCCUGCGACUGAACCAGAUCGAUAAAGGUAGAUAGAAAAGAAGAAUUGCCAGAAUUUGAAGAUGAGAUAACCAAUUAAGAAUGAAAACAAAAUGCAUUAAAAUUGAUGAUAUAUUCGCAAAAGUGACAACUAAAGGAAGGGUAAAAUAGGCAUGAAGGCGCGGAGGAAAACAUCCGAAAAUAGAAUACAAAAUAAUGUGCAGUAUCAUUGUUAUAUGUAUAGUUUUGCUGCGCCAUUCUGCGGUUUCAUCAUGAUUUAAUGAUUUAAACCUCCUUUCACGCAAAGCGUAGAUUUCGAUAUUUAAAGUUAACCUCCAUCACUUGUGCUCCAAUUGUGGACGCUAUAGCUGAAUUUCUUGGUGAAAGGCAAAAGAAAUAGCGUAAUGAGCGAGGACACCGAUCGACUGAGUAAAUAUCUAAAGCAUUCGCUGAACACGAUGCCGAAAUCGAAUGUAUUGGAAUGUCGCGUUUGUGAAGAGGUCUUUACCGUGGAUGGUGUAAAAGUACCACGCUUGUUACACUGUGGACAUACAGUGUGCCAUGCAUGCCUAUUACGAUUGAGAACUUGCAUGCAGGAUCAGCAGUUUCUGUUGUGUCCUUUUGAUCGACAACCCACCGCCGUGCACGAGAACAGUGUCUAUAGUCUGAAGAAGAACUUUGCACUCAUCGAACUGCUCGAACGGUUGGAACAAUCCAAUAGUGAGAAGACAGUGGUGUUGGAACGCGAGAGGCAUCAAUCAAAUCAGUCGUGCGAUGAAGACGAAGCUCACAUUGCUGUUCUCUAUUGCACUGUUUGUGCCACGCAUUUGUGCGAGACAUGUGACACCGCCACACAUUCAUCUAAAACAUUAGGAAAACAUAGACGAGUGCCACUGUCAGAGAAGCCACGUGAGAAACCUCGCUGUCCAAUACACAUGGAGCAUGUGGCCGAAUUUACAUGCACCCAAGAAGGUUGUCACAAUUCCUUGAUGUGUUAUCUGUGUAAAGAAUAUGGCAAACAUAGCACACACAAGCCGGCAUUGGUGGAGGAAGAGGCCGAGAACAUUAGAAAGUCCAUUAUUGCAGCGUUGCAAAAAAUGACGCAGUUUAUGGAAAGCAUGAGGGACACCGCUCAUAAAAUAGAAAUAGUAAUCGAAGAAUUGGAGGGUUGGGCAAUCGAAGACGCGAGGAGGAGAGUACGAUAUCACUUCGAAGAAUUACGCGCUGUUCUAGCUGAACAAGAAAAAACGGCGAUGGCAUAUAUCGAGACGGAAACUCGUGGUAGAUUGUGCGCGUUGAGACAGCAACAAAAAGAUCUCACGACUACGAGAUCACAUGUGGCCGGUGUGUGUAUCCAAUGCGAGAGUAUACUCGAUUCUGAAGACUGGAAAUUAUUAAGUAGCUCAGAAAAAGUCAAGGAAGUUUUGGCGACGUUGGAGCAACAGCAACAGCAUUACGCGCAAUUGGGACCGGAUUUUCUUAGUCCCGAAUCCUCUAUACCAAUUAUAUUCAGCAAGGAUAAUAGGAUACAUAUUGGAACAAAAAUCGAUAUGCGCGUAGUGAUUUUGGGACUAGACGGGGCGGGAAAGACAAGUAUUCUGUCCGCCAUGCGUGGUGUUACGUUGUCAAGCCCACCGAUUCCCACUAUUGGCUUUAAUGUUGAGAGCUUAGAAUACAUGAAUCUCGUGUUUACUCUCUGGGACGUUAGCGGCCAUCAAAAAUUUAGACCAUUAUGGAAGCAUUAUUAUCAUAACACACAAGCUGUCAUUUUUGUAAUUGAUGCUAGUGAUAGAUCUCGUUUUGAAGAAGCACAAAAUGAAUUAUCAAAGAUACUUUAUGAACGAGAAUUGAAGGAUACUCUGCUUUUAAUCUAUGCUAAUAAACAGGAUAUUGCAGGUUGUGCAAGUGUUGAGGAAUUAGUCGAUAUAUUUGGUUUGCAUAAACUUUGUUGUGCGAGAGUAUGGCAUAUUCAGGGCUCAUCUUUAAUUACUAAUACCAAUGGUACCCUGCAGGGUCUUGAUUGGCUCUUGACACAAUGCGUGUAGAGAUUUUUUUUGUAUAAAACUAUUUAUGUGGAUAAGAAAUAAAAGAGACACAUUGCGCGUUUAUUAAUGUGGUUUCCACAUAGGACAGAUUGAAGCGAACUGAAAUUAGGUAAAUAAAAAUCACGCAAGAAAGAUAUCGUGUGAGUUUUGAUGUAAAAAAUGAUUAUUUUCUAUAAAUUAUUUCUUUGCAAAAUAGGUUCUAUUGAGUAUUAUUGUUUGAGAAAUUAUUAUGAAAAAUUUCUCAAUCAUUUUUUAUGACAACACUCGAUUAUACUUUCGUGCGUUAAUUUUUCUUUUUUUAAUUU